AUGCCCAAUCAGCUCAUUAUUGGAAUGUAUGUUUGCCACUACAUUCACAGGUCUCUUGUUUAUCCAUUUUUAAUAAGAGGGGGUAAACCGACACCUUUCGUUUCAUUUGCCUUGGCUUUUGUUUUCUGCAUUUACAAUGGCUACAUGCAGAUUAGACACCUGAGCCACUAUGCGGUAUACCCCGAAGACUGGCUCACUCAUCCAUGUUUCAUCCUUGGGUCAUUACUGUGGCUGUGGGGCUGGUUGGUGAACAUGUGUUCUGACCAUAUUCUGAGAAACCUGAGGAAACCAGGAGAGACUGGCUACAAGAUUCCCAGAGGGGGAAUGUUUGAAUAUGUGUCAGGAGCUAACUUCUUGGGAGAAAUAAUAGAUGGUUCUUACCAGCAGGGCCUUUUCUCAUCACAAAUGGUACCUUGA